AUGUCGCACCACGAGGCUCACGAGGAGGCGAUGCGACAGGCGCGCGAGAUACAGCUUCGACUUCAACGAGAAGCGCGACGCAUCGCCACGCCACGCUUUGGUCCCGCUGUCGAUGGCGUUCUUUGGCAAAAAAGUCGCCCAGAAGAAAUUGCGGAUGCGAGCCCGCAAACGCCAAUCCUCAGCAUCAUCGAGUUCUCGCUGAAGCCUGGUGUUGACCUUCGUGAUGAUUCCAAGCCGCCCCGGAAGCUCUUGGACGCCACGUUGCACUACAUCAGCUCCAUCCCGGGCUGUCGUGGCAUCGAAGGGGGAUUAAGGCUUCAUAUAGAUGUAGAGGCUUGUUUCUUCUGCUUGAUUUACUGGGAUAGCGUCGUCGCCUGGCACAAGUUUCAGCAUUCUCUGGGCUUCACUCCCCUAGUAGCGCUACUUGCUUCAGACGUUUCCAACCGCUGUGCCAAAUUCGCAGGAAGAAUAUCGAGCGCUUUGGGACUCAACGAAGCAGUGCGAGCCACCACAAUAAUUGAUGUUGUAUCAGUCACUUUCAGCGCCCAAGACGUGUCGUCGCAAGAACUCCGUUUAGCUUUUGAAGAGAGAUGGAACGCUCUCGUCGCUUCACUGACGGAUGGCGAUGGUGAUAACGGCCUUCUACACUCUCAUGUCAUGUGGCUUGAGAAUAAUGCCUCGACAUUUGCCGAUCCAUCUCCAGCUGAAGCUGCUGGUGCGAAUAUCUCGGCCACUUUUACCGCAUUCCUCGUCUGGGAUGGAAUCAAUUACGAUGGUCAUCGUGCUGAGCAUCUCUGUGAAAGCCUACAAGCUUCAUUGCAAUCCUCUCACGGAAACGAGCCACCUAUCACCUUGAAGCCGAUUCAACUCACCAACCGCGUCCAACAACAAGAAGCCCACGAUCCACCACAACAACCAACCUCAUCGCUCACCAGCCUGGCCUCCAUUCUUCAAAGCGAUUUCCCACGUCAAUGUAGCGCCGACCUCUUCCGCCUCAGAGAGCAUGCUCGCCGAGUUCUCGACCGCAGCAUCAGCGACGCAAGGGCAAGGACACGGCUGUUUCCACUGCCGCAGGGCUACUUUACACCCCAAGGCGAGCUGCACGAGGGCAGCAUGUCUGUGAUUCCUCAAUGGCAGAACAGACAGAUAUCUUGGGGCCAUUACCUCGUGGAAAUUGUUUGGAUGCAAUUGAAGCGUCAUUCCGUCCGAGUUCAUGGCCCUCGCAUAUACAACCAGAUUAGCAACGAUGUAGGCGCACUGCCGGGUUUCGUUAAAGCCUUUUGGGCUCGUGAUGUCGAGGAUAACACUAAACUUGCCGUACUAAUAGCCCGAGACCGCGAGGGUUCAACAGGGCUCGAUCGCGUAGAGUAUCUCGAGUUAAUCUGGUUCCAUCUUCCACCAGGCGCGCUUGAGCGUCAACUCUUCGAGUAUGCCUAUAGCGUCUUUACCCGCAUGACGGUGCCUUCACAGCAAGGAGGAAUCCCCACCGCGUUCAGAGUGAGCAGCGAUUUGGGGGGCUGGCAACCAGCCGAAGCCACUGAGAGUUCCGACUCUCAGACUUUCACCGCAGCGCUGACUUGGAUGAGCCCUGCCGCAAGACUAGAGUGGUAUGGGGAGCUGCUCGGGGCCUCGCUCUGGUCGUACGAGCUGUUUGGCCACAAGCUCGAUGCCCUGAAGAUCUUGGCUACGGGAGGGGUUUCAGGGCGGUUCCUAGCCAUCCAGAGGUCUUGA